GCCUUCAUCCCUGUGAGGGGGGCAUGUGCCCUUCCCUGGCAGGGGCUGGACAUGCCCAGUACUACUGUCCUGCUUCUCUGUUUGGGUUUCUCUGCAUGGCGUUUCACCCGAGACCUUAUUGGCAAGGCAGCCUCCCAGCAUGGUGUCUGCAGCAUCCUGUCUGGUCACCGCCAAGGCAUGGCCUUGGGUAGCCCACUGCCCUGGCUGGGUGGCACUUCCCCAUCUGCCCCAUGGGUGCUGUGCAGAUGGACAGGGCCAGUGGUAGCCGAGAAGAAGGACAACAUGGGCGUGAGGACACAGACGCUGGUGCUAAGGGCCUGGGGCUAAAUCCUGUUUUGGGUACAGCAACAUUUGAAAAUGGAGCCCUGGGUUCUGGCUGGCUUGGUGGGAAGAGGAGGAGUCCCCUCCAGAUGCUCUACGACCUGGACCAGGGCCCACCCUUGCCUCUGGCUAAGGUGCACCAGCAGCGGCGCGACCUGCUGCGCAGCGCCUGCAGCCGACACACGCGCCGGCAGCGCCUGCUGCGGCCCGAGGACCUGCGGCACGUACUGGUGGACGACACGCACGGCCUGCUCUACUGCUACGUGCCCAAGGUGGCCUGCACCAACUGGAAGCGCAUGCUGCUGGCGCUGAGCGGCCGCGCCCACGGGGACCCGCGAGCCAUCCCGGCGCACGAAGUGCAUGCGGCCGGCAGCCUGCCCUCGCUGGCCGACUUCAGCCCCUCGGAGAUCAACCGGCGCUUGCGCGCGUACCUGGCCUUCCUGUUCGUGCGAGAGCCCUUUGAGCGCCUGGCCUCAGCCUACCGCAACAAGUUCUCGCGGCCCUACAGCGCGGCCUUCCAGCGGCGCUACGGCACGCGCAUCGUGCGGCGCCUGCGGCCCGGCGCGCACCCGGAGGCGCUGGCGCGCGGCCACGACGUGCGCUUCGCCGAGUUCCUGGCCUACCUGCUGGACCCGCGCACGCGGCGCGACGAGCCCUUCAACGAGCACUGGGAACGCGCGCACGCGCUCUGCCACCCGUGCCUGCUGCGCUACGACGUGGUGGGCAAGUUCGAGACUCUGGCCGAGGACGCGGCCUUCGUGCUGGGCCUGGCCGGCGAGCCGGGCCUGAGCUUCCCCACCCCGCCGCGGCCCAAGGCGGCUGCCGCCUCCCGGGACCGAGCCGCGCGCCUCUUCCGGGACAUCAGCCCCUUCUACCAGCGGCGCCUCUACGACCUCUACAAGAUGGAUUUCCUGCUCUUCAAUUACUCUGCCCCCACCUACCUGAGGCUGCACUAGAGUGGGGUGGUGUCCGGGAGAGAGGAAGGUCUGUUACAACACGCCGCUAGGAGGGCCGUGGUGGGCCCAGAGCACGUGCUUUUCUGACAAGACCCCCGGAAUUCUGAGUGCCACCGGCCCAGGGCACUCUUUGGAAACCAUUGCGCGCAGUCUUCCCUGGUUGGUGGGCACGCUGGCCGGAAUGAGCAGCCAGGGAGCGGCUGCUCAGGCACAGUCACGCUGGGGCUUUGCCUCCACCGCCCCUGCCUGCGAUGCUGUUUCUUCCCAGACCUCAUUACCGAUCACACUUGGUCAGGUUUAGGUGCAGCCCACCUCAGGUGGCCUUACACCCGUGUGCCUGCUUACUGCCUCUGCCUGUCACUUGAGGCUUCCUUUCUCUGCCUUCUCCAGCUAACAAGCACCUCCCGUGGCCUUUUGGCUGUGCAAGGACUUGAGAACGCCAGUGCUUUAGGGUUUUAGAGGCCAUUCUGGGGUCACCUGUGCCCCUGAACAUGACAGCAUGCAACAUUCUGCAACAGAGCAGAAUGCUGAUGCCUGGCUCCGUAUGGCCUGUGGCCCAACCCAGUGCCCACCCUACCCCACACACCCUGGCAAGUACAGCCCUGGCCAGGAGAGAACCCCUCCCUUAGCAGGACUCAAGGUCAGGCCUCUGCCAGUGGGCAUGGUUCAGACGCCAGGUGUGAGCUGUCUUCACUCUGUGGUUGUACCACCUGGCUUCCUCUCCCUGUGGCUGGCCCUGCCCAGGCCCUGCCUUGGGUCUCAGUCUGGCAAAAUGCUCAAUUGGAGCCUGUGGUGCAAUACAGUGGCAGGUUUUAUAGGACCUUAGUGAGCUGGGGUCAUUAUAUUUUUGAAAUAAAUGUGUUUUGUGACUCUGUCA